GAUUGGGAAGACAUGAAGCAACAAGGUAAAGCUCAGCUUUCGUCUCAGCCUCUAGCCGGCAGCCGCUAUAGUCUUAAACCCUAAAUCGACUCUGUACUCCCUCUCCCUGCAGUUCCUCUCCGUCGCUCGCCUUUCGUCUCCGACUCUCCGGCUCUCCGGCUCCGACUCUCCUUGAAUCUCUCUUUACCGUUUCAUGUAGGAGAGCAAAUCAGAGACAAGUUGCACUCCAGGUGUUCGGUGGAAUUCCUCAGAAUCACUCUGAGAAACAAUUCAGGGUCCAAAAUGAAAUUUUGCCGCGCAAGAAUAGUUGCGCUUGUGAGCGUGUGCGGAUAGGGAGCGACGAGUGAAACCGCAAGGAAUUGGGACCUCUUCUUCAAUGGCCCCGCCCCGCUGCUAUGGCUUCCGGCAGCUGUUGAAGUGAAUUUCCAGUCAUGGCGGUGAAGGCAACGCUGCGGAUGAGUUGAGCCAAGAGGACGAAGAAGAAGUAGCAGCAGCAGCAGCAGCAGCGGAGGACGAAGGAUGGCGCUUCUCACCUUCAGCCCGGCAGUAAUCUCAUACCACCAUCCGUUCUCACUGUCACGGAAGCAUUCUGCCGCUCCAAGUUCCACCUCAAGCUCCUCGUGUCCAUGUUCAAUCUUGGCCUCACCUGCUUCUCCACUCCUCUUCAGCUCCAGGCCCGGGCCUCCGCCGAGGCUCUGUGUCGUUUCUCAGACUGCUAACUUGGCCCCUGACACUGAUACCGCCGCUCGAGUCGGACAGGAUCGUCUCCUCAAGGUUCCGACAUCGAAUAUCAGAAACUUUUGUAUUAUUGCCCAUAUCGAUCAUGGGAAAUCAACCUUAGCCGAUAAACUGCUCCAGCUGACGGGUACGGUGGAGAAGCGGGAGAUGAAGGACCAGUUCCUUGAUAACAUGGACUUGGAGAGGGAGAGAGGCAUCACCAUCAAACUUCAGGCAGCUAGAAUGCGUUACAUGUUUCAGAAGGAACCAUACUGCCUUAAUUUAAUUGAUACACCGGGGCAUGUAGACUUUUCUUAUGAGGUCUCUCGCUCUCUUGCUGCUUGUGAAGGUGCUCUUCUUGUUGUAGAUGCAUCUCAGGGAGUGGAAGCACAAACUCUGGCUAAUGUUUAUUUAGCCUUGGAAAACAACUUGGAAAUAAUUCCUGUUUUAAAUAAGAUAGAUCUCCCGGGGGCUGAACCUGAUCGUGUGAUCAAGGAGAUUGAAGAGGUGGUCGGUUUAGAUUGCAGUGAUGCCAUAUUAUGCUCCGCGAAGGAGGGCAUAGGUAUAGUUGAUAUUCUGAAUGCUAUAGUUCAACGCAUCCCACCACCGAGUGAUACUACAGAGAGACCUCCAAGGGCUCUAAUAUUUGACAGUUAUUAUGAUCCCUAUCGAGGUGUUAUAGUUUAUUUUCGAGUCAUUGAUGGGACCAUAAAGAAAGGUGACAGAGUUUAUUUCAUGGCAAGUCAGAAGGAUUACUAUGCUGAUGAAGUAGGCGUCUUAUCUCCUAACCAGAUGCAAGUUGAAGAACUAUAUGCUGGUGAGGUGGGCUACCUCUCAGCUUCUAUCCGUUCUGUAGCGGAUGCAAGGGUGGGUGAUACUAUCACUCACUAUAGCAGGAAGGCAGAGAAGUCAUUACCUGGUUAUGAGGAAGCCACACCAAUGGUGUUCUGUGGCCUCUUUCCUGUUGAUGCUGACCAGUUUCCUGAAUUACGUGAUGCUUUGGAAAAACUGCAGCUUAAUGAUGCUGCAUUAAAGUUUGAGCCUGAGACAUCUAGUGCCAUGGGCUUUGGCUUUAGAUGCGGGUUUCUGGGACUUCUACAUAUGGAAAUUGUUCAGGAAAGGCUUGAGAGGGAGUACAACCUGAGCCUAAUUACUACCGCUCCUAGUGUUGUUUACAGAGUCAAUUGUGUGGACGGCGAAACUGUAGAGUGCUCAAAUCCAUCAUUACUUCCAGAACCUGGAAAAAGGAGAUCAAUUGAGGAACCAUUUGUCAAGAUAGAGAUGCUUACGCCAAAAGACUACAUUGGUCCGCUUAUGGAGCUAGCUCAAGACAGAAGAGGGGAAUUCAAGGAGAUGAAAUAUAUCACUGAGAACAGAGCAUCAAUCAUUUAUGAGUUACCUCUAGCAGAGAUGGUAGGUGAUUUCUUCGACCAGCUGAAGUCUAGAAGUAAAGGUUAUGCCAGCAUGGAAUACUCUUUCAUUGGGUACAAGGAGAGUCAACUGAUAAGGCUUGACAUUCAGAUUAAUGGGGAUCCAGUCGAGGCUCUUGCAACUAUUGUGCAUAAGGAUAAGGCUUAUGCUGUGGGGAGGGCAUUGACGCAAAAGCUAAAGGAGCUUAUACCACGCCAGAUGUUCAAAAUUCCUAUCCAAGCAUGCAUAGGCUCAAAAGUUAUUGCGAGUGAAUCCCUCUCCGCAAUUAGGAAAGAUGUCUUAGCCAAAUGCUAUGGCGGUGACGUCACGAGGAAAAAGAAGUUGCUGAGGAAACAGGCUGAAGGGAAGAAAAGAAUGAAGGCAAUUGGUAAGGUUGAUGUACCUCAAGAAGCCUUUAUGGCAGUGUUGAAACUUGAGAAGGAGGUACUAUGAUGCGAUCCCCCGUUUCAUCAAAACUUCAACACGAUAUGUAAAGUUGUUAUCCUUUCUGCAAAUAGAAAAUCUCAGUAGUUAUAUAUAUAUAUAUAUAUAUUUCGAUUGAUUUCUCCUCUUUCGUGAGCGGAUUGAAAAAUUAUGGUGGAAUGGCAUAUCGUAAUUAUUGAAGUGAUAAUGGCACGCCGUAGUUAUAUAAAUUAUGGUGGAAGCUUUAUAAGAUCUAAGAAAUUUGUUUUGAACUUUUUGGAA